UAUUAUGCUAUGAGGAAUUGAGGAUUGAGGAGACUUCUAGUUAGUUACUCUCCCUCUUUCUCUUCCCAUAAUAAAUCCUAACUAGCGUUAAACCAAAAAAAAAAAAAAACAAACUAAGUAAAAAGAAAAAAGAAAGCCAAAAAAUAAAACCCUUAAUUUUCUGAAACGUUUCGAUUGAAUCACCAUAACCUUCAAUGGAAAAUGGCGGGUCGAGGUUUUCUCGAUCAUUAAUGGCGGCUACGAUGUCGAACAUUCCAGUUUCACCUUCUACUUCUUCGUCUUCUUCAUUUGAUGCGUCUUCGAAUUCAUCUUCAAUCUUCACCAAUGUUCCUCUGAUUUCUGCGUUUAUUGCUUUUAUUCUAGCUCAAUCGAUCAAAGUCUUGACUACCUGGUACAAGGAAAGAAGAUGGGAUCUUAAACAGCUCAUUGGUUCUGGUGGAAUGCCGUCAUCCCAUUCUGCCACAGUCACAGCUCUAGCUGCUGCCAUUGGGCUUCAAGAUGGUUUUGGAGGUUCAGUUUUUGCCGCUGCAUUGAUCUUAGCCUGUGUGGUCAUGUAUGAUGCAACUGGUGUGAGAUUACAUGCUGGGCGGCAAGCAGAGGUGCUAAACCAGAUAGUGUAUGGACUACCUGCUGAACAUCCUCUUGCAGAAAGUAGACCAUUGCGGGAGCUUCUUGGCCAUACUCCUCCUCAGGUCAUUGCUGGUGGAUUGUUGGGUAUCAUAACAGCUAGUAUGAUUUAUAUGAUCAUCAGCAUUGCUACUCGGAUUACACUGUAGAAGAUAUCAUUGCCAUUCAUCACAAUUCAAGCCAUCACCAGUUGUAACCUGCAUAUAUGUCCGUAAAAUUGAUAGCAUCAAACAAGGAUUUCUGAUAUUGUUCUCGUUAGAAACAUUUAAUUUCUUCAUAUUCAUUAGAGGACUAGUUUUGUUAGAGAUUCGAGGUCUGCUACUGCAAGUCUCUACAAGGUAGCUUUCCAGACAACUAAAAGAUAUACAUAUAACCUUUGUCAUUUGUAGUAAAACUAGCAUUUGUUGCACAAAGAUGCAUCUAAGCUGUGAAGUUGGAUGUAAGGGUAUUAUUGUACUAUCUAGAUGGAAAAUAGAUGUACUGCAUCAAGGACACUGUCUUUGACAAAGCUGUAGUUCUCUUUUUAAAAAAAAAAAAAAAAUUUUGUGUCAUCUUCUGUUCAAUAUCUCAUACUCUGCAAUUCUGCUUUAUCAUUAUUUUCUUUUUUCUUUCUUUUUUUUUUUUAAGAAAAAAUCUAAAAC